UGUGAUCACUGAGGCGUAACACAAUGUUGUUGUGAGAGAGUAGGUAGACUAUUUACUAUAAUCAAACUACUUCAUGCCGUGGAUCUGUCUGUAAAAACAGUGACAAAAUUGUCAAACUACGCCACAAAUAUAUGGAGGUGUUCGAUUAAUCGGCUGUCAAACAUCCAUGGAGCAGUGUUUUUAUCUUCGUUAUAGAUGUACACGUCAGUUAUAUGAUUAUUUGUGAUCGGUGUACUUACUAACAUUUCCUGACACGACAGACAUGUAACAUUGUCUCAGGCCUGUACACUGAAUGAAACGCCACCAGCAGGUUACUUCAUUGACCAGUGUUGGAGAUCUGGGGAGAGAUACUGGAUAAUGUCACCUCUGAUCUGAUUGGUGGACACAAACACCUAAUACCUGUAGUUUGUCGCACACUUAAGUUUCUAAAGUUUAAAAAACGUGUUAAAGCUUUGGAAUUUGAAUUUAUUAAUUAUUUGUAUGAUUGAGAGAGCUUUUAUUGUCCAGUGUUAUUUCUAAAGGGUAGUAUUAAGUCUAAUAGAUUACUGGUGAACCUAUUGAGCGAUCGGCAGAGGAAUUUUUAGUCGAUAUAGCCUGAUUACCUGAGUGGACUUGGUGUAAGGAUGAGAAAAGACAUGCUCUGGUAACUUACAAACAAAACUGUGGAUGUCAUAUCUCUUCCUAGAUCACCUUACGGAAUCCUGGCAAUGUUUACAUUGUAUGGGACCCAACUUUUAAUUUCCGUUUUAUCAACGCUAGGACAUGACAUCUUCCUGUAGGUCCAUGCUGUACGUGGAGACCACAAGGCAGUCGGACCGAGGAUAAUUAGUGAAUUUGGUGAUCUUUCGCUCCCUAAUCUGGUGAUCAUUUGUAGGAGAACCACUGAUAUCUGACCAGGUACAAAGGAUUAUGGCAUUGUGAGGAUGACAUAGGAAGGAUAGCACUAGUUUGUCCUCAAUACCCCUCAUUGUGGUGUCACAUUAUCCUGUACCUCGGCCAUUGUCACUCACCUGGUAUUCCUUGGAUACGGGGUUCAUUCUUUGUGCGGAAAUAUCUGGAGUGCAUGUGUGUACAGGUGUACAAUUAUAUAAAUUUCAAUUAUUUUCAUGUUGUGCAUGGAAAAAGUGUGAAAAGUAUUCACUGUGAGUGACAGUCAGGGUGGAGGGCUAUGUAUUGGACAAGUACUCAUUGUGGUACCUGGUGGCUAUAUCCAGGCUAGAUCACUUUUAAACCACUGAGGAAUUAUCUUCUGUAUAAUCAUAAUGGAUAUUGGUGUAGUUUAGAUCGGUUUAAUGGAUGACAAUGUGGAUAUAGAGUUCCUAACUUGUGUAUACUGCCGCGAGGAAUUCCUAGCCAGACUACAACAUCACUGUUUUUCACACUAUUCUAGAACCUAAUAUCCAUAAUGACACUGGUGACACUCGCAGGGUGACCAUUGCAGAUAGUCAGCAGGAAAAUGGCAGAUUAUUUUACAAGUUAGCGGAGAUAGAAAUCAUAAACUUCCUGUGGAAUCUGUGACACAAAUAAAUUAUAAAGCAAGAAGGGAUGUAACUGUGCAUUCUUAAGGAGAUGUAAGACGGACAAACGAUGGAUAUGGAGUCUCAGGAUACAGUGUCACCCCUUCCAUCCCUACCAGGACGAUCCUAUACCUACAAACAUGUCAUACUCCCCUUCACCCGGCGGACCAAUGUGACCUUGGACAUGCCGCGGGGCAGUGACAGCUCCCUGAGCCAGGUCAGCAUUGGCAGCCAUGCUAGUUCCCAAGGGAGCUACGCUAGCCAGGGCACAACACGAGGACGCAAUGAGGAUACACAAAGCUUUAGUGCCCCCUACCAGGGAGCAGAGGCCUGGUGGAGCGUGGGUGGGUUCCUAGAACAGGGAAUAACUCACCAAAGUGUGGGGUUAUCUCUUCACAAACAUGGCGAGGAGGAAACAUGGGAUCUAUCUGAUUCGCUGGCAGAUCUCUACCAUGAGGUCAAUAAACGAGACAAAGAAUCUCUUGACCAAUCAAAUGAGGAGGAAGAAGAACCGGACAAUAACAACAAGGCAUACAGUAUUGACAAACAGUGGAUAGACCAGGACACCAGUAAUGGAUUUAUUCGUGUGUUUGAUUCCAACUCGGAAUCCUCAAGACUUUUUCCAUCCACAUUGUCAACUACUGCACAGAAGAUAUGUUUUCAGUGUGGGAGGCCGCCAAACUCCCUCCACAUUCAGUUUAAUGGGGACAUCAUUCGCAGGCUGGAACCUUUUGAUUGUCCACUGGCACUACAGAAUGAGUACCUACAGAAGAUCGGCUAUAGGGAUAUACACAAAAUACAGGAAAUGGGAUCUAACGACAGCAUACCAUGGCUUGUGAAGUUCUACGCAGGGAAGCCUAUUUCUGACAGCACAUACUCACGGAAUCAGUUGUCAGCAUAUGCCAUGGUAAGGAAAGGGAAACUACUCCAUCAGUGGGUCCGGAGGCUGUGUGUAGUGUCUGGUACCCGGCUUCAGAUAUACCGGGACAAAAAUAAGAAUUCCAAACCAACUGUUGUUCAACUGGCCAAAGGAACUGUGGAAGAGGUCCAGGUCAAAGGUCAUGAGCUCUGUCUGAAGUUGACAUCAACACUCCAAGGUGACCGAUCAGUUUAUCUGGCAUUUGCCGAUGACAACACUUAUUCAAAAUGGCUCAGGAAAACAAAAAAGGCAACAGCCAAGCUGCCAUCUAAGGCGGACUUAUCUAACUGUCACCUGGAGUUCCUGCCAGAGACUGUGUUCAUCAACGAAGAUUUAAGUAUCCUCAACCUCCGCCAUAAUGCCCUCAAAGAACGGCCCAUAGAAGAGGAUAUAUACACCAUCGGCUGGCUCGAUGACCUGCCAAGGUUUAGUAACUUACGGAGUCUAAAUCUGGCAGACAAUGAUCUCCAAUGUUUCCCUAUAUCCGUUUGUAAGAUGAAAACUCUUACAGAACUCAACGUGGCAAGUAACAAAAUCUCGGAGAUUCCCUCGGAAAUCUCUGACCUUACCAAUUUACAGAUGCUGCACGCUCAUAACAACCACCUGACGUCCUUACCUGACAAUAUGUGGGAGAUGAGGUCACUCAAGGUCGUUGUUCUUGCGUUUAACCACUUUACCACAGUGCCAGAGAUUCUAUUGGAGAGUCAUCAGACUGUGUUCCAUCAGAGCCUUGACAGUGUUAUCAUGGCAGGGAAUCGAGUGGAAAAACUGCCACACGAAAUCCUCAGUAAAAUGAGGCAUGUGAAAAAAAUUGACCUGCGUAUGAAUUCUCUGACAUUAUUACCCAGUGAAACGGCCAAAUUCCACAUGUUGGAAAAUGUGACACAUCUAGAUGUGCGAGACAAUCAUAUUCCUGAUCUGGACGUGCGGUCACUGAAAGCUUUGGAGUAUUUGAACUGUGAAAGAAAUGCAAUGCACACUCUUCAGAUUAAUGGGAUGUCAUUGAAAAACCUUUUCGCUUCAAACAAUGAACUGCAGACAUUUUCUAUCAAUCCAAAACCAGAAUGGCUAGUCAAUUUAGAAAUAGCUUGCAAUAAAUUAAAGGUGCUACCGUUAUGGGUGUCGGAGUGUUUCUUCCUGGUAAAACUUGAUGGCAGUCAUAACCGACUACAGCGGCUCCCAGACAAACUGUUUGUGAAUGCCAGGAAGUUGAAGAUUCUGAUGCUCGGCCACAACUGCCUGACUGAGUUGCCGUUGGAGAUGGAGUCUACGGUGAUAGAAGAGCUCCACCUACAGCACAAUGACCUUGCUGACCUUCCACAACAACUCCUCUGCCGCGCGUCAAGAUUGCGGUACCUGAACAUCACAAUGAACAACCUGGAGGACAUGCCACCAUUUCCACAUACUGAUGGCAUGAACAGGCUACAGGAGUUGUUUAUGUCGGGGAAUAACUUGGGGAAUGCUGCCCUGCCCUUUGCCUGUACCUUCCCUCGGCUCAAGGUCCUACAUGUAGCUCACAACAACAUCACCGACCUCCACAGCAGGGAUAUCAAUAGGCUAGAGGUGCUGCAGGAGCUGAACAUAUCUGGUAACCUCUUGCGGUCCCUUCCUUCUGCUCUGUGUAAACACCCCAAACUACAGUGUCUCCGGGUCAAUGCCAACCUCCUCAAGGAACUCCCGGACUUCAAAAAGUCCCCUAACCUUAAGAUACUGGAUGUAGGAUCCAAUCGUCUAUCCGAGCUACCGGUCAGUAAACUGAUGGGAUCACAGGUAAACCUGCUGGACAUCUCCGGGAACCCUAACCUGAUGGUGGACAGUGGCGAGCUCAAAGGCAUCAGCAACUGGAAGAAGAUCAGUAUGGUUGAUAUGAGGGGACAGAAUCGUUCCCUACUGGAUCUACGGCAGGCCCCAUUUGAUGACGUGAACCAGCCCUGGCAGUCCGGUCUGUCUCAGACUUCAGGCAUGAGAAACAAACUGUCUGUUGCCAUUGUAAACAAGCCAAAGUUCACCAAUGAAGUGGAGGGACUGUUUGGGAUGUUUGAUGGUGGCCGUAAUGAUGAGGUGACUAAGAUCCUAGGGGACAUCAUAUGUGACACCCUUCUAGCCGAGUCCAAGACGAUGACGUCACAGAAAGAUUGCAUGAAGUACACCAUGUUGGCUGCACAUACUAAGCUGAGGAGCACAGGUCAGAAGGUUGGUGCUGCUGCAGCUUUGUGUCAUAUCAAAAAGACCACAGACGGAGCUAGCACGCAGCAUCUGCUCAACGUAGCUAAUGUGGGUGACACGGAGGUGGUCAUCAGUCGGAGUGGUGAGGCUGUGUCUCUCUCACGUCUGUUUUUGAUCCAGUCUGAUACAGAGGAGAGCCAGAGGAUCUGCCGUUCAGACGGCAUCAUCACAGAGGAUGGCCGUGUGAGUGGGGUGACGUUCAACACAAGACUACUUGGAUGUAGUUACCUGUACCCACAUAUUCUUCCCGAUCCCUAUGUCACCAGUGUCAACUUGAGACAGGACGACCAGCUUAUUAUUAUUGCUAACAAUGGUCUGUGGAAGUAUAUGUCGUACCAGGAGGCUGUGGACGAGAUCAUUGACAUACCUGACCCUGUUCGGGCGGCCAAGCGUCUUCAGGAUCUUGCUCAGGGAUAUGGGUCUAAGGAGAGUAUUGGAGUCUUGGUUGUCAGACUUCUUUUGUCAGACGCUGAACGUCUGAGGAUGAAAGACAUCCUUGAGGAGCAAUAUAAGUAUGAGCAAGAACUUUUGAGUGAGAUUGCCAAAAGAGAUGCAGCUCGGGAUGAGGAGAGGCGUAGGAGGAAGGCAAGAAAAGCCAAGGAGGAAGAUGCAGUACCAAUGGACAUCUAUAAAUUUCGUGAAGAUAAAAGGCAACACAGGAAACAGGUUACAGAGGUAUUCAGCAUGGAGCAAGGUGCAGAGGAAAGUGGAGAAUAUGUGAGUUUGAAAAGCAUGAGCUCAGAUUCAAAUAGUAGUUCUGUUAAUUCAACCAACUGGGAAUCUCUUCUGCAGCAGCGACUGACAAGUGAGGUGAAGGACAAGGAGAUCGAGAUGGUGUUUGGGGAUGAGUUGGAUGCAGACUUCGGUCCAGACAUGGAUCAGGUGGAUUCAAACUGGAUACAGCCAGGAGGUAAAUACCUUGGUGAUAAUGCCUAUCACCUAGGCAGAGAAAUAGUGAAACCUCCAUCUCCGUGUGAAGGUACUGUACUACCCAAGUAUGAGCCGUUCAUGGGUCCUGUAUCAAGACCGGUCUCUGUGGAAUCCAUUGAAUUUCAAAAAGAAUAUACCCAGCCAUUUGACAUAGACAGGGAUGCCAUAUUGUUUCAUCAGAUGCAGCUUGCUCGGUCAAAGAGUCGGGGAGCUAGUAUUGACAGCAUGGACUCCACACAGUCUGUCCCAGUGAGUGGGUCAAUUAGACAGUUUGAUCCUCCUAUUAAAACAUCCUCUCACAGUAUAGAGGUCCUCAUCCAUAGAACGGCAUCCUUGCCAAGGAAAACUGAGUUUGGGACAUCCCUUCCCGAGGCCCGGAGGUCAAAAGGUCAGAAACAAAGAAAUGAUUGUGGUGAUGAAGGUUCUGAUGAGGAGUUGGAGCCUGCAGUUGAGGGCAGACUUGAUGAAAGAGUGUCUCUGUCUGAUGGAACUAUUAGAAGAGGAUCGUCCAAAAAGAACAAACCUAUUCCUUCAAAAAGAUUAUCACAAGAAAAGGCGCAAAGAGUAGAAAAAGAAAAUUUGGACACAAAUAGUGUCAAAGUGUCAAAAACUGGACAAGAGGUGUACAAGUCAUUGGAAGGAAACCAAUGUAUUUCUACAGAAUCAGUGGAGCAAGUAUUCGAUUUUACAAACUCUGAAGAAAGUGUAAAAUUCCCUCAUAUUGAAGAUAUUGGUAGAUUUUCUAAGUCGGAAGAAUCAGAAGGUGGAAUUGCUUAUAUAGAGGAAAUAGUUGAAAUUUCAGAUUUAGAGCAAUUUGUUAUGUACAAUAAUGAUGAAGAUAUCAUUCUUGUAGACACAUUUAGUCUUUCUGAUAGUGAACAAGUUGAUUCGAAGGAGAUGGCCGAUCUAAAGACUGAUAAUGCCGAUGUGUAUGAGCUUCCUUUGUAUCUGGGAGGUAGCACAGACAGUGACCCUGCUGUGCAUGUUUUCAAGGCUGGUGUUUCAGACAAACCUGAGGAAGAUAUGUCUGUUGUCAGCGGAUACAAAGGCACCAAGAAAGAUCCGAAAAAACAUCAUGCACCUGCACCCCCAAAACCUUACCUACCCCCAAGAACUGUCCCAUCCAAAUUUCAGAAAAAUGAAAUUUUGAUAGAUUGGAAAGCAUAUAAACCAAAAAAAUCAAGGAAAGCACCCUCUCCACCUCUACCUGCCCAUAGACCUUCAUCACCUCCCCUCCCAGAAAGAGCAACAUCUCCAGUUCACAGAACGGCUCCUUCACCCCCUCCUCAUGAAGCCUCAGCUCCCCCAGCUAAAACAAGUAAGAGGAUGCCCCCUCCUAGGCCUCCAUUGCCAUCAGACCAUAACUCAAGUGUUUCCAACACGAACACUAGUGUUCCAAUAAAUGGCCAGAGGGAGAAGGUCAUUUCAACUAGACCUCCCCCUUCUCUGCCUCCACAUAGAAACACUAGUCUCGUAAGUAAUGGCCACCACACUGUGAUGGCUAUUGAGGAUCUGUUUGCCAAAGUCGAUCAACGGAAGAGUCCUCCAGAAUCCCUGAAACUUGCCCAAGACUCAAACUCUCUCACUAGUCUCAAGGAGCUCUACGAAAUGAUGGAAGAAGAUGAUGAGGCAGAUGCCAACAUUGAGGGCUGGGGUCAAAGGUCAACCAGGAGUGUGCCUAAGCAAGGAAGUCAAAAUUCAAAGGCAAUAAAUGUGAAUUACAAAGACCAGGUGGGCAACAAUCUAAAACAAAGUGACCUAAAUCACCAGCAAAAGAUGCCAAAAACAGUUUCUUGGGAUUUAUUAACUUCUUCAGGUACUCAACUCAACAAAUCUCUGUCAGAGCAAAGCUUGGUUAUCACCUACCUAUAACACUUGAUAUAUAUUGUGUUUGUGUGCGUGUGAGAAAAAACUAAGGUAACUUCAGCUGGAACUCUGAAGAUAGUAUGUGUGAGACCAACACUGGGUUGUGACCUACUGAGACACUAGCUGUGACACUCGGGAUAUAUUUUGUCUCUGAGAAUAAAGCUUUUCCACAUGUUACCUACUUUGACAAUGGCUAAUCGGGUAGAACAACUAAGCUUGUUUAUAAACUGUGUUGACACUGUUUAAUCUGUGUGAGAACAAAGCUUGGCCGUAACCUAAUCUUGUUUAUGAGGACAAAGCCUGGUUAGUUACCUAACUUAUGACUCUGGUUACUCCAAGGAGAAUGAUGUUGCAGUACCCAAACUAAUAAUAUGGUUGGAAAGCUAAGGGGAGGUAACUUAUUUAUGAAUUAUAGCAAAUAACUACAAUAGAUUUGGUGCUCAAAACAUGUACAGACAUUUUGUGUAAUUGUAGCAUUCAAAGAAUGCAGCUGUCUUAUGUUUGUGAAGCUCACUAAAAUGUGAUUUUAAUUUGUUGUGCUGCUUAUUAAGAUAGCAGCCUAUAAUUACAGAUAUGUAAAUUAUCAUAUUUUAUUAUAUGCAGCUUAAUGUGUUCAUUAUAAAUAAUCUUAGCUGUCAAAUUGGUCGCCAAAUAACAUUAUAUAUAAUGUUGCUGAUCUCUUUAGUUUUCUGGUAUUAUAAUGAUAAGAAUGCCUCAUUUUCGUUAUAUAGAUAUAUGUUUAGUUUAGUAAAUUUAAAUUCUUAAUUAAGUGCUAAAAUGCACCUUUCACAGACAUUUUAUGACACCCUUUAAGUCCAGAUUGCAUGCAUGUUUUCCAGUAACUUAAGGAAAUAUAUGCAUUCAUUCAAUUACGGGAUAGUAUCAAAAUUUUUUUGAACAUUUAACUCAUAAUUUUAAUAAUUAUUUUAUACAUAUUUUCACACUGUUAUUUGAAUAUAUCUUUGUACAUGUAAUUAAAUUAAAUUAAAUAUCGUUGGUGAAAAUUCAAUAUCAAAUUAUUUUUUUUUAAUAUUUCAUUCUUUGAAAUUACUGUUUUGUCAUGGUGCUUCUCAUCAUAAAAGAUGAUCUGGUUUUGUAAUUUUAAGUAAGGAAAUUAAUGGGUGUGUAUGUUAUACAUUUGAAAUUCUGUAUCGUAUGUGCUGUUAAAAGAUAUCCCAACAUGACGUGCAAUACUGUAUUUAUCCAGAAAUUUUAUCAUAAUCAAGGCAAUACUAAUAAUAUUCUGUCGGAGUUUGUUGACAUGUUCUACAGUUUUUGUCGGUAACUCAUGAUCAUACAAUGUCAUAUGUGAAUAUUUCAUAUAGAUAGAAAAAAAAUGUUAAAAUUUCAUAAUUAUACUUCCAUCAGUUGUAGUCAUAUGUAUCAUCACAGAUACUGUUAACAGUUUAUUUUUCUAAUGUUUUCUAUUACAAAGUGAAGUUGAUCACUUGUAUAAUAAUCCAUAGGAUCUUAACAACUAGAAUAUUGAAACAUACAUGUUCUGCAGACUAAAUCUAAAAUUUAAAGUGCAUCAAAAUUUUGAUACACAGAAGAAAUAUUCAACCCAUUAAUAAAGUUUUUGAUUGGAAAAUGGACCUAGCACAGAGUAUUGUAUACUUACCAUCGAACAGACUGUGUAGAAUACAUCUGGCCAUCCUCCACUGUAUAUCCCAGUACCUUUGGAAAAAAAGUUUGAUACUGUAUGUAAAAUCCUUACAAUACCCACGAUAAAAUGGUGUCUCUUUUCAGUGCAUCACUCCUUUGCUGUCUGACAAUAUAUUGGAUUCACAAUGAAAAUUAUCAGAAAACUAUUUUUAUAUUUCAAUUAUCCAGCGAGAGAUAUAUCAAAAUUGUCAAACCCAUUUGACAUGGUGACAGUUAAUUUUCUGUGUAAAGAGAGACAACCUGUAGAAGUGAUAUAUUGGAUUUACUUCAGCUACAUAAUUGAUGGAGUAAAAUGGGAGGGUCUAGGAACAUUACCGCUACACAGAGAAAUUUAAAUAUAGUCACCAUGAGGCAGGGAACAGAGGAAAUUCAAAUCUGAAUACAUAAGUAUAUCAAGCUGAAACUAUAUACUUGGUAAGAUACAAAAUAUGGUCAUCGGGUUAUAACAAAUCUCGAACUUUCACCUGUAAUUAUGUGGAUAAAUGAGGAGUUAAAAUCGUACAUCAUUUUCAUUUAGAUGUCAUACAAAUACGUUAUAUUUGUACAAUAGGAGCCUUGUUAUAAGAUUAUGUGUUCUGUAUGGUUAUGAUUGUCAUGUAUUGUCUAUUGAUUACAGUUGUCAAAUGUUCCUUACAAACUCAUUAAAAUUUACUACAAAACA